UAUCUCUCUUCUUUCUCUCCUUCAUUUCUCUUAUCUUUUCAUUCCCUAUAUAUAUCUUCUGCUAUAAAUAUCUUCACAUUUAUUUUAGAUUGAGACUUAACAUCUCUCCUUUUAAGCUCAUUACCCAAUUCUAUCACAAAUACCAAAAUAUACCCACCAUUGCUUUUCUAGCACAUAUGUUUUCAGGGCUAGUAACAUAGUGGAGUGGUUGAGGUUUUUUGUUCAAAGGUUUUUAGCCUUCAGGAAUUAGGACAUCGUUCGAUAGUAUCACAUAAACUUAUGCUGUCUCAAAAACACACCUUUUGCAUGGACAUGACUGUGUUAGAAAGACAGCAAGCAAGGUUCAAAUGGCUGCUGCUGCUGCAGCAGCAGCAGAACAAUUAUGUGAACCAAUACAAUUCCCUUGAAUCAUGUUCGAUGCCUACUGACCAGUUUCAUGGUUUCGUUGAUCAUGAGUCAAUGAAUGGAGAUAUAAUUGAUUGGAAGAAGAAGCCUGAAAUGUAUCUGGGGAACAAUGAUUUGCCAAAAUAUGGUGGUUUUUCAUUAAAUGGCACUGGGUUGGUUGCUAAUAAUAGGAUGGAUUUUGGACAAGCAGAGGUAGCGGGAUCUGUUGAGAUUGAUCGUUGUCUUUCAAGGACUUCUAGUUGCCAAAUUGGGGUGGUGGAGGCUGCGAAAAUAGAGGAGAAGGUGGUAGCAAUAAAGGUGGCAGAAGAUUUGACCUUGAUGGAAAAUAAGCAAUCCAACAAUGGUAAUGGAGACAAUUCAAAUAAGAGAAAAGCAGAGUUUGUUGCAGCAGAAGAGUGUGACAAUAAGAUUAAAGAAGUAGAAGUCGACUCCAAGGUCAAAGAGAAAAGCAGUAUAGGAAUUUCUGCAGAUUUUUCAAAGGAAAAUCAGCAGACUUCAGCUUUACCGAAGACAGAUUAUAUUCAUGUCCGGGCACGUCGUGGCCAGGCUACUGACAGUCACAGCUUAGCUGAAAGAGCCAGGAGGGAAAAGAUUAGUAAGAAAAUGAAAAGUCUGCAAGAUCUAGUCCCUGGAUGCAACAAAAUAACAGGCAGGGCCGGAAUGCUUGAUGAAAUCAUCAAUUAUGUCCAAUCUCUUCAAAGACAAGUAGAGUUCUUAUCCAUGAAACUUGCUGCUCUAAACCCAAGGCCAGAAUUCAAUAUCGACAACUUUUCUGGGAAAGAGUUUUCUGCUUACGUAGAGAGUUUUCCAGCAGCCAGUAUGCCAUCAACAAUUUCCAAUUUGACCCACAUUCAACCAAAUCUAAUGCAACGACAGGCAACAAGCAGCGAGCCAAAAGCUUUGACAAAUCCUCCCCAACUUGUUCCAGUAAAAACUACAAGCUCUUCAGCAUUCAUCAAUGACCUAUGUCUUGAUCCAUUAGCUCAAGUUCAACCUUUUUGGGAUGCUGACUCACAAAACCUUCAAAAUCUGGGGUUCAAUUAAAGUUAAUCAACUUCUCUUUUCUUCUUCUUCAACAUUCACAGGCGUCUUCCGAGGAAUCUAUCAGUCUCAGACCAGCGAUGUAAUUUUGGAAACUAAUCAGCAUCUCAAGAAUUCAGAUUCAAUAAUUCAGAAAUUCUGAUUAUUCCGGGCACUGUAAAUAUUUCCCUCCACACACGUAUAGAUGGAUGUCGCAAAAACCAUCAUUAAUUCUUACCAAUCAAACAAUCAAAUUUCUUACAUUGCAAGACUAAAGAUAUCCAAUAUGUCUGCAUCUAUGCACUUGGAAAUUACUGUUGAUAUGCUUCUUGUGCUCUUGUACGUUGAAAGAAAAAUAGGACCUCAUGAUUGGUACUAUAAGAAAGGUUGAUAGGAAAUAAAAAUGAUAGAGGACCAUGAACCAUGGUUGGUUCAUUAAAGCAAAGUGGGGGCAAGGAAAGCUGAAAGAAAAGGGAAGGAGCUUGUUGUUGGAACGGAUGAGCUGGCUAGCUUAGGCUGCUUAGCAGAAGAAAGCAAAAGAAAGCCAUUUGUUUAUAGGACCACAAACCACUGGCUUGAGAAUGUUGUGUCUGUAACUGUACGUAGCUGAAAUCCAUAAUGAGUAUUUGGUAUACUGUGUUGUAAAAA